AUACCGGCUAGUCCCAUGUCUGUAGAUGGAAACGUGAUCCAACGGUUGUCAUUCGCUAGAACACGUCAAUCAAAUUCUUCAAUCGUUGGAUCGAGUGAUCAACACGGGCACACCAAAGAUUUCUUUUACUUCUGCUGCUUCUGCGUCUUCACUCCUCUGUCGCAGGCUUUGUCUCUGUAUCUUCGACGAUCUGUUUAUUUUCUCGAGAUGGAUUGGCAAGGGCAAAAGUUGUCGGAGCAGCUGAUGCAGAUAAUUCUGUUGACGUUCGCUGUGUUGGCGUUUGUGUCGGGUUACGUGACGUUAUCGUUUCAAUUGAUGAUCUUAAUAUACGCUGGUGGGGUGGUGCUCACCACAUUGAUUACAGUCCCCAAUUGGCCUUUCUUCAAUCGCCACCCUCUCAAUUGGUUGGAUUCUGGUGAGGCUGAGAAGCAUCCCAAGCCGCAGAAGGCUGUGAAUGCCAAUAAGAAAUCUGCUAAGAAAUAGGUCAAUUUUUUGAUGGAUCUUAGCAUUAGCUCUUUCUAAGGUUACAAUUUGUGCUAAUGGUGAUGUCCCUGUUCUGAGUGAAUGGAUAUCAACAGUUUACUUGUUUUCCUUAUAUUCUGAACAUUUAAGCAAUGAUGAUUGGAAAGGAGUUCUUGGUUUCAAUCUGUUGAAUUUUCUA